AUGGCUCCUGGGAAAAGCCACAAAUACACUCAAAACAACAACCGUCAGGAAGUUAGUCAGUUCUUGGUGAAUCGUCCGAAUCCUCGGAACCAGAAUCUUGGUCAGCAAGAUCUCGAGUCAACAAACUAUGCUCAGCAGCAGAACUCAGCUCCACAGAGCCAUGCUCAAAAGGUUUCUCGUCAACAAAAUGAUGUGAAUCAGAAUACCAAUCAGCAAAAGGCGUCAGCACAGAGCUCGCAGCUUCAACAGAGAAAGCGUCCCCAAAAGGCUCGCCAGCAGAACCAUCAGCAGCCGAACCCUCUUCGAAACGAUUCCUCGAGCCAGCAGCAUCCAUCACAGAAUCAUCAACACCAGGCUGCCCGUCCACGAGGCAAUCAACAGGAUUUUGUUCCAAAAUCUAAUGAGGACAAUCAUCAACCAAAUGCUCUUUCUGAGGGUUCAGACGAGCAAAACGUCACCGCUUUAUGGUUUCAAGGUCAUCAAAAUCCUGCACCACAGAGCUCUCAUCAGCGCGACUCAUAUCAAGGGCAGCGCUGUCCGCAAAAGCCCAGUCAGACAAAUCACCAUGGAUCAAAUCGUCGCCAAAAUGCCUUCAUUCUGCCAAAGAACCCUGCCAGACAGAGCUCUGAUCACCAAAAGCCCCGUAGCAUCUCGAACACCCACUCCAAAGACGGCGUUCAGCAGAAACGAGAAGAUGACAUGCAACAAACUCCACGAUUGACUGCCUUGCAAAAAAUUCGAGACUACACCAAAGAAUGGAUCCCAAAUCCACAUCACCGCCGUCAGCCAUUCGUAAAGUUGCCUCGAGAUUUGGCAUUGGAGAUCAUGGAUCACCUCGGCCCAGUCGACAAGGCAUCGUUUGCUCUUACUACAAAGUCUAUGUGGGAAUAG